CUGAGCUAUUUGUUUACAAAUUGAAAUUUAUAGAUCCGUGAUUUCACCAUCGCUUUGUUCUGUUGGUGCUGCAGCCGUGUAGUUUUCAAAGUAGAUGUUCUUUUUUUCCCUUUCAGUCUGCUAUGCUCCACGACCAUGUCCCCGACAUUUCUGCUGCUUUUGAAACACACGGUCCUCCUGGUGAUCUGCCUCGUAGGUGACAAACUUCUACAGGUUGUGCAGAAACCUCCACUCCUUAAGGCAGCCGUAGACAACGUGACCCACGCCCUAAUCGGACUGGUAGUGGCGGAAAUAGUCGUGCAUCAAUUCCGCGACCAGCUGGCCAGAAGCGAACUGUGGUUGCUGAUCGGGUUCGGUUUCGGUCUCGCGUCCUGGAUUGAUGUGGACCAUUUUAUCGAGGCGCGAUCGUUUCACAUUCACGAUGCAACGAAUCUGACACAUCGUCCAUUCCUUCAUAAUUCUGUGAUAUUCCUGGUGCUUCUCAUCGCUACCAGCGUUCUGGUACAAGUGCAGGACAACUUUAGACUAUCGAUCUGGACGGCCAUUGCAUUUGUGGCGUUCUUUACACACCAUCUGAGGGAUGCAAUCCGACGGGGCCUUUGGUUCCGGGCGCCUCAUCUCAACUAUAGUACGGCUCCGGUGCUGUACUGGCUCUACUUAGCACUGACUCAACUGUGCCCCCAUGCCGUUAUUCAAUUGCUCCAUUUGCAGACAAGAGGAAGUGCGGGGGAUCAAGCCGUUCGAUAUCGACCCUUGGAAGUUGUUUAACCCUUUUGAGAACGACUUUUUUCUACACACUUUUUACGUAUGGAUUUAAGAUUUCCUGUCCAUAUGUAAUGUACCAUCCAUGGGGUUCUGGGUCAUCCAAUAAUAGGAUAUGUACAAAUAAAGUAUGGAUAAACAACUUCUCA